AUGUCGGUCCCGCAGCGUCCCGAGGAGGCCCAGGUCAUGCCGGGGUGCCGGGGCGCGCAGUGCAUACAGGGCUUUGUCCAACGAAUUCGCCGCCGACCAGCCGAUCGUUGCGCAGCGACAGCUACUCCAGAAUCCUCGGAGCCCGGCCUGGAUGCCCUUCUCGCAGGAGCGGUCGAGAAGAUUCGCAACCUCGUGGAGCAGGGCGAGGCUUGGCAGGAGACCCGAGACAAAGGCCUUUUCGACCCAACCGACUUCGACGAGGAGCAAGCGACAUGCUUCCUCAAGCCAUCAGUCACCGCAAGGGUCGUGCUGAAGCGCCGCGGGGAAACGUUGCGAAACCUGACUGCCCCCUUCAUGCCGGGGUGCCGGGGCGCGCAGUGCAUAAAGGGUGUCGUCCAACGAAUGCGCCGCCGACGCGCCGAUCGCCGUGCGGCGAGAGCUGCCCCAAACUCCUCGGAGCCUGGCCGGGAUGCUCUUGUUGCAGGAGCGGUCGAGAAUGUUUGCAACCGCGUGGACCAGGAUGAGUCUUGGCAGGAGCCACUCGGCCUGGUGCGAACGGCAGGUGGCGGCCUUUUCGCGCCAACAGACUUCGAUGAGGAUGUCUGGGGCACCUGCUGCAGGAAGUUCUCCAUGAAUCGCCUUUUGAAGCGAUUUCGGAGGAAGCCGCAGGCGCUGAAAGACGAGGUCAGCCAGCUGUUGACCCAGGUGCUGGCCCUGACCGACUACAGAGAGGAGAUCUGUGAUUCCGCCAUGGAGAACGUCGACGCGCUGCUGGAGCGGAAUCGACGACUGCACAUGACCCAGCGCAACUGGAGACCGAUCCUGGUCGCCGCUCUGCUCGUCGCCUCCAGACCUCGGAAGGACGUCGGGGCCUGGAAGGUGGCCUUCGAGAACCGCCUGCAAGCUGUGCUAGGCCUCCGCUCCUCGGCCUUUGAGCAGCUGGAGGAGAUGAUGCUCCUCGGUUUGGGCCACGAUCCGCAGGCGGCUGGUCUCAGGGACUACACCUUAGGGGCCACGGUUGGCGCAGGCUCGUUUGCAAAGGUCAAACUUGCGACCCGCAUCUCGACGGAAGAGACGGUGGCUCUGAAAAUCCUUCGCAACCGGUCCUGGCACGAUGCGAAGAAGGUGCACGAUGAGGCGCAGAUUUUGAAGCGCUUCUGGCACCCCAACAUAGUGAAGAUGCAUGAGGUGGUUUCGACGCGCUGUCGAUCGUUCAUCAUCAUGGAGUACGUAGGCGGUGGGGACCUAUUUGAAUAUGUCCACAAGCAGCCGGGCCUUGAGGAGCCCGAGGCCCGCCGCCUCUUCCGGCAGAUCAUGGCCGGCCUCGAGGAGGUUCAUGCCGCGAAAGUCGCGCACGGAGACCUCAAGCUCGAGAACCUCCUCCUGGACGAGGAGGGCAACGUAAAAAUCGCAGAUUUCGGCCUGAGCACAGCACUCGCUCCUGGGGAAACGCACAUCACAUCAACUUGUGGGACUGUGCACUAUGCCGCCCCAGAAGUUUUACAAGGCGGAGGGUACGUGCCGUACCCCGCCGACCUGUGGAGCUGCGGGGUCAUCCUGUACAUCAUGAUCUGCGGGUGCGAGCCGUUUAAGGGCCUGGACGAUCACCACCUGCGCCGACAGAUCCUCUCUGCGAGCUACAAGAUCCCCUUGUUCACCUCCCCGGCAGGAAUCGGCCUGAUCGCCGGCCUCCUCAGAGUGACGCCCUGGUCCCGCUUCUCCAUCGCGCAGGUUCGGGCCCACGCCUGGUACCGCCGAGUCGAGGAGGCCUUGCCGAAGGACGCUGCUGAGACCUUGCAGGCGAAGACCGCGUAUGCCGGGUGCAGCAGCCUCAUGAGGAAUUCCUGGCGCGCGGCCGGGAGUGGUGUGAACGUCUGA